AUGUCCUUGACUCUUAAAAGUCAGAUGACACUGGAGACGAGCUACUGGGGAAAUGUUAUGGCAGUUUCAGAGGUAAAUUCUCGGGUCACCGAAUGUAGAAAUGCAAAGGUCAUAGAAAUCAUCCCCCUUACAGGGGAGGCGGAGUCUUAUUCCUGUUUGCGUGCUGAGCAAUGGAAGGAUGGAAGCACGUUCCCCUCACCAAACGCCCUCCCCUUGUAUUGUUCCUCUUCUUCCAUUGCCCCCAAGAUGCUGUGUGUUAUCUUUGCUAGAAAAAGUCAGCUCUCUCAGGGUUAUACCACACAGAUGUGGUUCUCUGGUUUCUUUGUGGUAUCUGAAUGUUUCUUCCUGACGUCCAUGGCACAUGACUGGUAUUUGACCAUCGGUAAGCCCUUGUUGCAUGCCCUCAUUAUGUCCCAGAGGGUCUCUGUGCAGCUGGUUGUAGGCCCUUAUGGCAUGGCUCUUCUAAGGAGCAUGACCUAUAUAACAUUGACUUUUUGCUUACCCUUGUGUGGUCCAAAUAUCAUCAAUCAUUUUUUCUGUGAUAUUUCCCUUCUGCUUUCUCUUACAUGUGCAGACACUUCCGUGACACAACUUACAUUUUUCUUUUUGGCUGGAUCUAUAGGAAUCCUCAGUGGCCUGAUCAUGAUGGUCUCCCAUGUUUGCAUCCUGGUGGCCAUCUGGAAGAAGACUGCUCAUGGGAGGCAGAAUGCUUUCUCCACCUGCUCCUCUCACCUGGUAGUUGUCUCCAUCCUGUAUGGGACUCUUUUCUUUAUCUCUGUUCGACCUGGCUCAAGUCCCUCCCUGGAUAUCAAUAAAGUGAUUUCUCUGUUGUAUACUGUGGUGAUGCCCAUGUUGAACCCCCUCGUCUACAGCUUGGGGAAUAAGGAGCUUCCACUGAAAUCCACAACCGGCCCCCAUCACCAAAGGCAGGGAGAGACCAAAGAGAGAAGCAGGCCACUCCGGAAUGGUAGGGAGCAGGUUGACCAGACAAGAGAACUUACUUGCGAGGUUGUCCUGGGCGCAGCAGUAAGACCAUAG